UGUCUUUUUCAGGAAUAGUUUUUAUUCCAGCCAAGGAAUAGUGGAUGACAGCGGGGCCACCAGCUUCCUGAAGCUGAACAUCAGUGCCGGCAACACCGAUCUCUAUAAAAAGCUCUAUCACAGUGAUGUCUGUUCUUCAAAAACAGUGGUUUCUUUACGCUGUAUAGAGUGCGGGGUCAACUCGAAGAUGGGCCGCCAGAGUCGGAUCGUGGGCGGAUCGAGUGCUGCCCCGGGGGACUGGCCCUGGCAGGUCAGCCUGCACGUCCAGGGCGUCCACGUCUGUGGCGGCUCCAUUAUCACCCCCGAGUGGAUCGUGACGGCCGCCCACUGCGUGGAAGAGCCUCUGAACAAUCCCCGGUACUGGAUGGCCUUUGCAGGAAUCUUGAGACAAUCUGCCAUGUUCUACGGAAACGCGUACCGAGUGGGCAAGGUGAUUUCUCAUCCGAACUAUGAUUCCAAGACCAAGAACAAUGACAUCGCUCUUAUGAAGCUGCAGACGCCGCUGACUUUUAACGACAAAGUGAAGCCGGUGUGUCUGCCCAACCCCGGCCUGAUGCUGGAGCCGAGACAGGCCUGCUGGAUCUCCGGGUGGGGGGCCACCUACGAGAAAGGGAAAACGUCGGACAUGCUGAACGCCGCGAUGGUGCCCCUCAUCGAGCCCGGGCAGUGUAACGGCAGAUACGUCUACAACAACCUGGUCACACCCACCAUGGUCUGCGCCGGGUACCUGCGGGGCAGCGUGGAUUCCUGCCAGGGCGACAGUGGCGGCCCUCUGGUCACGUUGAAAAACAGCAUCUGGUGGCUGAUUGGGGACACGAGCUGGGGGUCCGGCUGCGCCAAGGCGAACAGGCCUGGAGUGUACGGAAACGUGACGAUGUUUACAGACUGGAUCUAUCGACAAAUGAAGGCCAACAGCUGAUCCGCCCGGCCUCGUCCCCAACACCGUCAACAAGAAAACGGAGGGGCUGGUUUUUCAGCCCCCGUGCCUGGUGUAUUUUAGAGGUGAUCCAGAGGUCCUUUCGUUUGAUUAAAUCAUGAACGUGUCUGUCUUUGGCAGUCUCCACAGUUCUGCGCAGGCCAUGGUGGCUCCUCCCGGGCCCUGCUCCCUGGGCUUCUGUCCAAAAGGGGUGGCCACCCGGGCUGGGUGUGGGUGUCUCAGGCCAACGCAGGGCAGAGGGCUGGAGUCUGCCCACCCGCAUCUCCCUCUGAGCCCGUCCGGGGGUGCCCAUGGGGCUGGUGCCCUCUCAGCUGUGGACGGUUGGAGAUGGGAAGGGUGCUUCGCUCUGGGCCUCUGCUAGGGAGGCCACUUGGUGGCCCCGGGCCAGGCUCCCCACAGGGGUUUUCACUGACUCGGCAGCCCCGGGUGGUGGAGGAAACCCAGGGACCCGCCCUUCCUGGGGGAUGACUUGAUGAUCACGUGAAGGGGCAGAGAAACCUUUUUCCUUCUUGUGGGUGAGAGUGCAGACCAGUGGUUCUCAACCUUCCUAAUGCCGCGACCCUUUAGUGCAGUUCCGCAUGUUGUGGUGACCCC